CACCGAAACAAGACGUGCGUGCGUGCCGUUAUGCUAUAUACAAUGUCGCAUACGCGAACGAUUCCCGUGACGAUUUCUUAAAAUAGCAUCGCGCGUAACAACUCGCGAGGCCAAAAAAAAAACCCAUCGACAUGGAAAGUCGUAGCGAUCGGAGUGCAGAGUUGUUUAUCGAGACGUAAAGAGAGAGAGAGAGAGGUGGAGCUGGCGAGAGGCUGGGAAAGAAAUUUAAGAGGAACCGCAAAAUCCGAGAAACUUUUUCAAUCGAUGAGAAUUGUUGAAAAAAAGUGAUUCGAUAUAAUAAAUAAAAAAAAAAAAAAAAAAAAGAUUCAUCGAUGGACGCGAUUGUGCGGUGAACCACCCUGCGACACCGAAUCGCUGGUCGCGCGAUUUCGAAUAAUCUCUCGAGUCGGAAUGACGGAGAGAGAGCGAAGAAGAGAGUUUCGGGAGUAAUUUUCGAGCUGACUGGCGAGUCGCGAUCGAUCGAUCGCUCCGAACGAGAUCCGACGAUCGCCGUUUCCGACCCUUAAAAAGUAUCUCUCGAAAUAGUUCCGAACUACGAUGUGCCUCGCGAGUCCGCGGCGACGAGAAUCUCGCGCGUUCGCGCGACGGAAACCAGGACCGUCCUGAUGUGAAAGGACCACUUGUGCUUCGACGAUCGGGAAAUCCUUGAAAUCUUCCAUAACGCGAAGCGGAGCGAGCCUCGAAUUUCUUCAGGAGCGACGAGAGUUUACGGGAUUCUUCCGGAAACCCGAGAACAUCCAAACUCCACCGAAGGAGAGAGAAAGAGAGAGAGUCGCGUUUCGAGGAACGGCGAGGACUUUAUUCGACGAUAAAGGUGAAAAGUUCACCAGGAUACGCGGCACGCCGCCCGUCGAAACUUUUGUCGUGAUCAUUUUCGCGUGAACAUCCACGUCUAUAUAGGAUAUAUACUACUUUACGGAAGAUCGACGUACUUUUGAAGGACCGUCUUAGGGAGAUCUCGCGAGCCGUCGCGAUAAUUCACCCUCCCUUUUCAGCUAAGCGGAUUGAAAUCUCGAACUAAUCGCGAGUAAACCGUGCUCGGAAGCUCCGGAAACGCGAUUGUGAACUUGUGUGUGUUUAAUUAGCGUGCGAGAGUCGAGGUAAGGGACGAGUGAUAUAUAAGACGUCGCCUGGUGGUGUCAUGUCAGUGAGUGGAUGGUGAUAGUCACGAUUGGGGGAUGUGAAUCAACUUUAGUAUUCGAGUGUAAAGCGUCUCCCGAAGAAAUAGUCGCGGAAAUGGCUCUGAGAUGGCAAGCGAGGCUCUCGAUUGCUGCCAUACUCUUUAUGUGCACAGAAGAUACGCUGAGUCUAGGAGAUCGGACGAUAGAUAACAUAGACAGACACGCAAUUCAGACCAGACCACGACAACAAUUGCUGGAUCAUUCUUCCGGAUUGAAAUCGAAACCGGAACCCAUCUUCGACUUUUCGCAAAAUACUAACGUGACGGCUCUGAUUGGAAAAACAGCAUACCUCACGUGUCGAGUUCGCAAUUUGGGCGAUAAAACCGUAUCCUGGGUCAGGCACAGGGACAUCCACAUUCUAACGGCGGGGGCGUACACAUACACAAGCGACCAGCGAUUUCAAGCGCUACAUAGACAAAACGCGGGUCACAAUAGCGAAUGGUCCGAGUGGACCCUCUGCAUAAAAUGGGCGCAGGAGCGAGACCAGGGAAUCUACGAAUGUCAGAUUUCCACCAUACCUAUCAAGUCGUAUCAGUUUCACUUGAACGUCGUUGUACCUACGGCGACGAUACUGGGCGGACCCGAGCUGUACGUCGGUGCUGGCAGCACGAUAAACCUGACGUGCGCCAUACACUUUAGCUCGGAGCCACCAGCCUACAUCUUCUGGUACUACAAUGACAACGUCCUGAGCUACGACAGUCCCAGGGGCGGCGUUUCGGUGAUAACCGAGAAGGGUGGCGACGUCACCACCUCCUGGCUCCUUAUUCAGACGGCGCAGCCCUCGGACUCCGGGGAGUACAGCUGCAAGCCCAGCAACGCCAAUACGGCGUCCAUCAGGGUUCAUGUCCUAAAUGGCGAGCGACCGGAAGCGAUGCAGACCGGAACCGCGGGGCCGAUACUGUCCUCGAGUUGUCUAUUGGUGUCCCUCAUCAUUUUGUACAUAUCCUCGGUGUAAAUGAAAAAAAAAAAAAAGAAACGGAAAUGGCGCCACGACUCGGAGUUCACAUCCGUCGCGGUACGUUCCUCAUCAUCAUGCGUUUACGCGUUAAUGCGUUUCCACGUAUAUAAUUCCAUCUAAUAGAUGUGAUCGCGGGACGAUACUGCAUUUUGUACGGGAUUAUAAAGUGAGAUUCC